AUCAUUCACUGGAAAAAGAAAGAGCAGGAUAUCUCAAAAUGUUAGAAAGAGAAAGGAGCUAAGAUUGGGAGGUUUUAAAAAGACUCGAAUUUACUGCUCUUCUGGAAUGGUAAUUUUAUACUGAUCAUCCCCCAUAAUGAGGUGCAUGAGGUACAUCCGUCUUAUUUUUUUCCUGAUUUUUCUUGGUGCGGCACUGGGCAUCUACUUUAUACAAAGUGGCAUGUUUGAAAGCAAGAAAAGCACACUUGCAAGCUGCUUAAGUCCUGAAAAAUAUAAUAUCUCAAGUUUGACAGAACUCAUUGGGCCAAAUGUUUCUUGUAAAGAAGCUAAACUCACGAGGAAAGUUGUGCCACAUGAAAUGGAUAACAUACUUGAAAGCAGAGCGAAUGAAUACAAGCAAUAUCAACUCAGGAGGAAGACAAACACAGAAAUUAUUAUUGCCCCAGCCAACUCUCCUCUCCAAUAUCCAAUCACAGGUUUCAGGGUAGCUCCUCUGAAGAAAAGUUUGAUACCAGGUCUUGCUCUUCAAACACAAGGGAGAGGUUUAACAACAAACAACAGGGAGUUGUACAAGGUGUCUUUGAGUGUGAAGAGUGGAGUGCUCUCAGUGGAGGAUCUUCUGGAUGGAGAUCAGGUGGAGGGACAGGGUCAGAGUGAACUGACCAUCUCAUCCAGCAACCUCACACAACUCAACGAUCUGCUGUCCAGAGUGACCUACACCAGCACAAUCUACCACAUCAGAACAUCAGACCUGGUUUAUUUCACUUUUGAGGAUCACAAGGCCAUAUUUCCAAUCAUUAUCAGGAGACCGUCAGUUCCUGUUUUGUAUGACCCAGGAAAAGAUAUCAACUCACAAGUGACCAUAAUAACCAAGACCUUUCUGAGGUAUAAGGAGCUGGGUGUCCUUAUCCAGAGUAUCAGGAAAUUUUACCCAAAGAUCAAGAUCAUUGUUGCGGAUGACAGCCUGAAACCUGAAAAUGUGCCUGGAAACAACAUUGAGCACUACAUCAUGCCUCCUGCACAGGGCUGGUUUGCAGGCAGAAAUCUGGCUGUAUCUCAACUCACAACUAAAUACUUCCUGUGGGUUGAUGACGACUUUGAGUUCUUGAGUGAGACACGGAUUGAGAGAUUUGUGGAGAUUAUGGAAGCGCUUCCGGAACUAGAUGUUCUUGGUGGUGAGGUUUCGGGGGACCAGUUCUACUUUGUUCUGGAGUAUGACGAGGGAGAUGAGAAUGACGGCGGCUGCCUAAAACGUAUUAGAGAGUUUCAUCAACCACUUCCAGGUUAUGAUGGCUGCUUUCUAGUGGAUGGUGUUGUGAAUUAUUUCUUAGCUAGGACUGAUGCUGUACGAAGGGUUGGCUUUGAUCCGUUCCUCAAAAGAGUCGCUCACACCGAGUUCUUCAUUGAUGGAGUUGGCAAGCUGAUGGUUGCUUCUUGUAAAGGCCUUUCUGUUGGUCACCAGACACAUCGGGCACAGGAUGAAUAUGACAUUUAUAGGAAUCAAGGACCAAUUGAAAAAGAGCAAAAACUGGCUCACCAUUUCUUUAAGAACUAUCUUAACUAUAUCAAGUACUGAUUAGUAAUAAUUAGUAAACAAUCAAUCAAAUCUGAUUAUCGAUUACCGUAUUUUCUUGACUAUAAGUCACACUUUUUUCAUAGUUUGGCUGGUCCUGCAACUUAUAGUCAGGUGCGACUUAUUUAACAAAAUUAAUUUGACAUGAACCAACAGAAAACAACCAAGUGAUAACAUUACCCUCUACAGUCGUGAGAGGGCACUCUAUGUGCUGCUCAUUGCUCCUGUAGCCUACACAGAGCAGCAUAGAGCGGCCUCUCGCAGCUGUAGACGGUAAUGUUUUCUCUUGGUUCUCGGUUCUAAAUAAAUGUGACCUAUAGUCCAGUGCAACCUUUAUAUGUUUUUUUCCUCGUCAUGAUGUAUUUCUGGACUGAUGGGAAUUAUACUCAGGUGCAACUUGUAGUCUGAAAAAUACCGUAAUCACAAAACAUCUGCCAGUCAUGUCACCUAAUGGAUAAUGCUAACGGCGGAGGACAGAAAGUGAGCUGCAUGACCAAAGUUUGCAUUAAGAAUGUUUUUCUAGUAAGUGCUUCUAACAACUUGCACUGUUUGUUGUUUCAGUAGCAAAAUUCUGAUAUUCAACUCUUACGACAAGCUUGUAGAAAGGCCAAGCACAAACGGAAGAAGGAUAAAUUAUCUAUUUAAUUUCAGUUGUUUAAAGACAGUUUAUCAGCUUUUCAGUCUGCUGCUUAGUCUGCUAAGGCUACUUAUUUUUAUGAUUUUAUUUAUUUUUUCAAAACCCUAUACUCCUAAAGUUCUGUUUUCAAUUAUUAAUUCUGUUGUUACUCCUUUUGUUAACACAGUGACUGUUGCUUCCGAUGCUCUAUGUGGAUGCUUGAAACACUUAAUUGAUAAAAUGUCUAAUUUGAGACCCAAAGGCCCAAUUUCAGUUCUACCCCUUAGCCCUUUCUACCCCCAAUUCUACCCCUUUCCCCUUCCCCUCCGUUUCGUGGGUUCACAUGAAGGGGUAGGGGUUUCUUUUGGUUGUAGGGGUAUGGGUAGGGGACGGGCCAGACAGUCCCUCAUACAAGUUCAUAUUUACUCAAAGAAAUGUUUGCAAAAAACUCUUAUAUUUGCUAACGUCAUACUGUAUCGUUAUAGACUGCAUGAUAGUGCCACAACAUAUUUUCAUGUCUGAUCAGGGUGUUAAUGGGCUAUGGUAGACAUUGAGGGGCGCUAGUCCCCCCACCACUUUUUUUUAAAUAUUGCCAAUUCGAGAGAGAGGGAUAAAAGUUGAGUGUAUGCGCAUCUAUGCGUUUCCCUUUUUAGAGUGUUUACUUAAAAAAACAAUGAUUUUAUACUCUUGUUCCUGGAAAAUAUAAUGUAGCAAUUUAGUAAAAACU